AUGGCGUCCUCGUCGCCAGCCUCGAACCCAGAGCAGACGGCCACAUCUGCUCCCACCCCCCAGCAGCCCAGCUCCGUGCCCAGCACGUCACCUCCGACACUCCCACGCACACUUGAGAACGACCCGGCCCGCACAGGCUUCGAUCCCAAGACCAAGUGGUGGAUCAACUACUUCAAGAUCCUGACGGGGCAGAUCACCACAGAGGGCGCCUUCCACUACCGCGAAGAGCGGUACAGGACGCACGAGGAGCGAGACUGCAAGCGGUGCGAGCAAUACCGCGAUUGGCUGCUGGAGUACAGCCCGACGGUGCGCUUCCUGGCGCAAAAGGUGGAACAGCUGAACGGACGCCUAGACGGGUCAAACAUCCUCUGCAAACGAUGUCCGGCGCGGCUUACAGAUGACGGCCAGGUGCAUCGGCAGAGUGGUGGGUUCAGUCCGAACCACGGUAUCCUACUGUGCGCGAACGAGGUCAGGAAUAGAGGGCAUCUCGAAGAUACCAUGGCGCAUGAGAUGGUGCACGCCUAUGACCAUCUGAGGUGGAAGGUCGAUUGGGUGGGGAAGAAGGAUCUCAGGCAUGCUGCAUGCACGGAGAUCCGCGCUUCGAUGCUGAGUGGCGAGUGCCGAUGGACGAGGGAGUCCAUCACUAGAGGGAACUGGACUCUAACACAGCAGUUCCAGGAUUGCGUACGGAAAAGAGCCGUGCAGUCCGUCAUGGCUCGGCCGAUGUGUAAGGACGAUGUGCAGGCCGUCAAGGUGGUCAACGAGGUCUGGGAUUCGUGCUUUGCAGACACCAGGCCAUUCGACGAGGUGUAUAAGUGA